UAGAAAUUUCCUGACGAUUUCUUAUUGAAUGGAAAUAAAAUAUGACACUUUAAGGUUAUUGCAACAUGCCAAAAAAAAUGAAUGUUCUAGUAACUGAGUUGAAAGAACGCAGGUUAUUGGUUAUUAAAUUUAAGGUAACUUCACAUCAUAUAUAAGAUGCGCUUCAACUAGCACAACUUACAAAUAAAGAGAAGAUGAAGAAUGUUAUUGCAUUUUCGAUCGUAAUUCUUAUUAUCAUGUCCAUUGAAAUAAAAUGUGGACACGGUAUUGGUUAUACUGGACGUGAUGGUUACAAAGGAAAAUAUGGUCAUGGAGGUCAACGUUGGGGUGGACAAGGUCAUGGUCAUGGAGGUCAACGUUGGGAUGGACCUAGUCAUGGAAAACAUGGACCCCACGGAGUUCGUUGGGGUAAUGGACAUGGACAUGGUCAUGGAGGUCACGGAGGUCACGGAGGUCAUGGAGGCCACGGAGGUCACGGAGGCCACGAACAUGGUAUUCAUGGCUAAAAAGAAGGAAAAACUAUUUUAUAUAUAGAUUAAAAAAAAGCAUAUAAAUAAACAGCAUUCCAACUUACGAUUAUGAAAGAAUCUAAAACUACUUCGUGAAAAAUAUAGGUAAUUUACAGCCUUGCACAUUAACAAAAUAUAAAGUCAAUAAUUUGCUUUAUAUUAUAUCUUUUAUUAUGUAAUUAACAAAAUACGAACAUUAUAAAAUAACUCUUAAUUCAGUAUAUGUUAAUAUUAGUUUUGUAAGCUCAGGUUUAUUUCUGUUUGUGGAGUUAUAAAUUUUUUAUACUUCUAAAAGUAUUUUGUAUUUGU